AUGAAGAGGAUGGUUGAAGAUUUGGAAAGUGAAAUUGGGGAAAUGUAUGUUGUAAUGAAAAACGCUGGUCUCUCUGGAACUGAAAUCAACACCAGGGCGCAAAUGGAGAAAGAUAUUGAAGAAAUAAGAUCCAAACUGUCCAAAAAUAAUUCCGAAUUUACAAACGAGAAGAAUCGUUUGCAAACUGAAAUUGCUAAACUAAAGGAUCUCAAUACAAAGUUAGAAACUGACAAAACUGAAAUAAGUGGUAAAUUAAAAACUUUAGAAAAAGACAAUAGCAGUAUAGCUGGACAAAUCAAAACGUUGCAAGAAGAAAAGAAGACUUUAGAAGCACAAGUUAGUAAACUGAAUAGUGAUCUGAAAAAUGCAACAUCCCUACAAACCACUAUGUCCGACUGUAUGAAGAAAAUAGAAGAACUUAAAAAUGAAAUAGAUGUUAAAGAUAAAGAAAUCGAUAAGUUGAAGAAACAAGCAGAAAAUGUAAAUAAAUUAGAACAGGAUAAACAAAAAUUGCUCAAAGAGGUUGGAGAUAAGGCUAAAAAGAUAGGUGACUUAGAAAAGAAAUUCAAGGAAGCAGAGGACAAAUGCAAACGGAUUGAAAAGCAAUUAGCUUUGCGCAAAGACAAGGUGGCGAAAUUGGAAAAGGAGGAAGAAGCAUUACGAGACACCUCUAACCAGAAGUACAAUGAAGCUAUAUCGUCAGUAGAAAUGGCACAGAUGCAAGACAAACUGGAGAGAACUACCAAAGAAUUAGAAGAGAAGCAAGAAGAAUUAACGAAUGCUAAGAGAGAGUUGGAAAGUACCGAGAAAGAACUGUCGGCAAUAAAGUCAGAGAUGAUUCAGUUGAAAUCCAGUAUAUCGAAGUUGGAGAGUGAGAAGAAAGAGCAUGAGAACAAAUUGCAAGCAGAAAAGAAGGAGUCGAGUUACUGGGAGAGCAAGGCUUCCGAACUUGAAACUGAUUUGCAGGCUGAACGGAAGAAACUGGAACGCAUGCGCAAGGCUCACGAUGUAGAUAUCAAGAACAAAGAAGCAGAAUUGGCUACACUUAAAGGUAAACUAAAAGUUCUAGAACAAUCUUCUGGUGCGGGCGCCAAGAAGAUAUCUGAUCUCAAACAGGAAUACGAAGAAACUGUUAAAAAAUUGGAGCACUCCCUUGCGGUAGAGAAGGCAGAGUAUGAGGAAUUGACUGGUAAAUACGAAAUAUUAGAAGAAGAACACGUGGUCACUAAAGCAAGACUCACUGUUGAAAAGGAGCAAGCGCAAGGUGAAUUAAUACAUGCCCAAAAAGAAUUGGCCUCAGCGUUAGCCGAAAUCAAAACUCUUCAAAACAACUAUGAUACGCAAUCUUCAGCGUGGACUAAAGAAAAGACUGAACUGCAGAACUCUAUAUCAUCGCUACAAGACCGUCUAUGUGGUGGAGGCUGGGAGGUGGAACGCGCACGACUCAAUGCUAAGCUUGAGCAACGAGAGCGAGAACUGCGCACCGUCAACGACCAACGAGACGUCUUGGAACACCAUCACGAUCAAGCUAAGAAAGAGUUGGAGGAAGCAAGAAAGAAACUGGAAGACUACGAACGUGUCUCCAAGGUACAGAGGACUCUAACGACAGAGAAUGCUGAAUUAGAGCGAGAACUGUCAUCUCUGAACACAAGGCUCGAACAAGCUGACGUGUCUAGGAAAAAUGAGUUGGCAGAAAUGAAGCUUAGGUACGAAGGACAGAUGAACACCAUGCGAGAUGAACUCAAGUCUUUGCAUAACCAGGUGUCAAGGUUCAGACGUGAAAGAGACAACUACAAACAAAUGUUGGAUGCUGCUCAAAAGACGAUGACAGAAAUGAAGAAUGGCGACAAAAAUGCUAGAACAGCGAGACAUUCAAUAUCAAGUACUGAUGAAGAGGAAUAUCGUAACAAGGUCGCGACACUGGAGCAGCAGACAGCGUGCCUAGAGGACGAGCUCUGUGAAGCAAGACUGCUAGCGUCCAAACUGAACACUGAGCUCAUCAGCGAGCGAUCCGCAGCUGAAGUCCGCUUCGCAGAAAUGCAAUCCAGGCUUAAUGAGUACGAAGAAGAAAGAUUGCUGACAUCAGGCAGAGCGCGCGUGGCAGGUCUGGCGACACGUAUGGAACUUGCGUGGCACAAGGAACGCGAUGAACAGCAGCGGCUACUGCAGGAGACCUCCACUCUCGCCAGGGACUUGAGGCAGACACUCUUUGAGAUAGAACGCGAAAGAGAGAAAGAGAGAUUAGACAUGAAGAGAAGAAUAGAACAAUUGAAGAGAACUACCGAAGAAGAGACGGAAGAGGCUAAAAAGAAGGUGACAGAACUGCAGUGUGAUCUACUGGAGCUCCGGGACGCGCACGCUAAGUUACGUACCGCAAAUGAGAAGCUGCGUCGCGAUAAAGAACGACACGACCGAGAUCGUGACCAGAACAAGCUUCUUGUUGGUUCACUCAAACGUGCUCAGCAGGAGGAUGACAGGAUAAUAACACAACUUCUAGAAACUAUAGAUGACCUGAUGAAGCAGAGUCCUGAUUUGUUCCGUAAUCAUACUCCUGUCAAACCAGAGAAGAACUUGCUGACGCCUACGCCACCAAGACGGAAUAGGUCAUCAAAGUCCCGGUCUCGGUCGGCGACGCCUGAGAACGGUGUGAGUGCAGUGGACACGGCUACUACUGCGGCGCGACUGCGACGACUCACUGAUGAACUGCGCGCCUCACGCAUCGCCGAGAGGCAACGACGACAUCAAGCCACUGCUAGGAGAGCGAUGUCAACGGAGCCCCGCGACACACUGUCCGUCUCACCAGCUACGCGCACGCCAUCUCGUGCACCUUCGCUCAAGAAAAGAUCCAUUUCUCUUGAACAGACUACUAAGGAUCAGAGCCUAAUAUGGAAGUCGGUGGAUGAGAGCAGCGUGUCUUCGAUGCAGUCAUUGGACGGAGACGCGGACAACCGGCUGUUCACUAUGCAACGAGAUGCUAGUCUAGACAGUCGGUUAUCCGGCGGCUCAGCUCAAAGCGAAGUACUUCCAUCAGAAAAGAAGAAAAAGAAGAGCAUUUUCGGCAAAUUAAAGAAACUGACCAAGUCUCGCUCUAUUGACGACCAAGUUGACAGCACGGAGCAUGUCGAGUUCAGACCUAUUGGCACUGUUUCUCAGCAGGGAUCGGAUUCGGACAUGAGUACAGCAGGCAGCAAGCGUGACCUGCGUGGACGACUGUCCGAUAUGUUCAGCAGGAAAGGACCAAUGUCACGUACAAACAGUAAAGAGCUGAGUCCGGAGCGGCCGGCGAGUGCGAUGGGUAGUAUGACGAGCUCGUCCCGGCCUCCACUACGUAACGCUAGUAGCUCCACUCUCGCUAGGGCCUCGCCUGCUAAACCGAACGAAGUGCCGCGGCCAGCGAGCGCAACGCCUGCAGCCAAGAGGAAAGGGAAAUAA